AUGCAUUGGAUCCAGCUCGCUUCUUCUCUCACUGUUGUUCUGAUUUUCUUCGCCUUCCUAGGUGAAGCCGCCGAGUGCACAAACCCAGCAGUCAGGAAGGAGUGGCGUACAUUGUCCACCAUCGAGAAGGCUGCCUGGAUUGCCGCCGUCAAGUGUCUAGCAUCGCUUCCUCACGAUCCCAAUCUCGCACCAAUCGUCAACAGAACGAUCUCCAAUAUCCCCCCUAUCAAUAAUUCGAGCAGUUACUGGGACGACCUCGUUUACAUUCACAUGGACCUUAAUACUCGGGCAAGUUUCCGAAUCAUCCAUAGCACAGGUCUCUUCUUCCCGUGGCAUCGCUGGUAUGUAGCGGUGAUCGAAAGCGCCAUGAAGUCUAAGUGCGGCUAUGCCGGCACCGCUCCAUACUGGAACUGGUCUCUUGAUUCCGCCGAUGUAAAGAACAGCCCUCUCUUCCUAGACUCUGACCCUAUCAGCGGCCUGGGUGGCUGGGGCGACCCGGCUAAGGACAUUCAAGUCCAGGAUGGUGCAUUCCGUGACCUGCAGCUCGCCUACCCUGUGUCACACACCCUCCGGCGCAACUUUACCCUGCGACCGUACAUCGCACUAGCGGACAAUCCAACCAUCCUUGACCCCACCCUAGAAGCCAACGUGUCGUUCACCCCCGCAGAGGUGCAGAAGAUGGUGCACUGGACUCCAGGCGACUUCCCUGGCAUGCAGUUCUACAUGGAGCGGCCGGAGGGCCCGCAUGGAAACGUGCAUGAAAUUCUGGGAGGUGACUUGGGUGGCUACUGCCCGGCGGACGCAUACCCCGACUGCGAGCCCCAGCCCACUUUCUCUGCCAACGAGCCGAUCUUCCAAAUGCACCACGCGAUGGUCGACAAGGUCUGGUAUGACUGGCAGCAUGCCAACCCACAGAACUUCUGGGCGUACCACGGUGGUUCUGUGCAGAACAUCACAUCCCUACAGGCGUUAAGCGAAUAUCCCAAUGGCAUGCCGCCCUAUCUCUCGCUGAACUCCAAGAUCCCGGCUGAUGGCAUGUUCGACGAAGUGACGAUCUACGAUGUCAUGAACACGACCGGCGGUUACCUUUGCUACGUCUACGAGUAG